UCACUUGUGUUUGGGGUAUUAGCGUUUACCGAUCGGGAGCGUACUUGCAUCAAAUCAAGUACUUUUUUGAUUGACCCCGUCAUGUAACGACCGCGAAAUUACCGGACGAUGUGACAUUAUCACAAAUCAGUGCUGUGACAUUAUGAAGAUCCGAUCUGUUUACGCGCGGAAACUAAACACCGUGCCUCUCUCCAAUUCUAUUUCUAUGUGAAGACAAACCUCGGGAUUUUUACUCGGAGAUUUUUUACGUCUUCCGUGACUGCGAGGGCGAGAUCGUCAUGAGCUCGGCAUUAUUCAGCCCGCUAUCGAAGGGCUACGGGUCCUGGGAAGACGGCGAUCUUGAAGCACACGAUGAAACGGUACUGCCAAAACCAAUUCUUCCAAAUUUACUUGAAGGAGAAGAUGCAAGUUUUAAAGACAAGACAUUAAAUAUACCACUGCGAACAAAGACUGCGCAAUCUAUCAUAACUGAACUCUACAAAACUAAAAUCACUGCACCACCACCAGAGGAGACCUACACAGUCUACAGUCGCCCAAGGACUGCGGCGACUCCAAGAUCAACUUUUUCAUAUUCUACUCCCAGAACUGCGCAAAGUGUACGGACGAAAAGCGCUGCACCAUCAUUGAUCACCCAAAGUGAACAUACAACCCGAUCAGAUGGAGAGAUCGUAUUACCGAAAACGUUUCUCACGAGACGUGGUGCGCUGCUACUUUUUUCAGCCCCAGAUGAACUAAAGUUUAGUAAAGAACAAAAAUGUUAUUUGAGUGGACAACAGAUUGGGCCACCCAUCAGAAUUUUAGAUGAUGGAGUGCCUCUUCGUACUGUGAAUAAAUUGACGUCAUCUGUGUUACAAUAUGGACGUGAUUGGGGUCCAGGAUCAGACCUGGAAAGUUACUCCAGCCAUUACGACAAAACUUUCUUGAAAUUUUUGAAGAAUGUUGAUGAUGAAGAAGCGAUGGACCUUCAUGCCCAGCCUGGCGGCGAUAUGUCAUUUUAUUUACGAGAUUUACAAUUCAGAACAAGGAGUUCCAUGGGAUUUCGACCGACGUCUGGCCGCUCUGUGACAUCAGAAUUGCAGAGAGCAGAACUCACAGAAGAGCUUCGUAAAAUUGACACGACUGAUGAAAGAAAUGCGUACCGUAUAAGCGCUGAUGUGAGUCGGUUAAGGAACCGUACUCUCUGCAAUCAUCUCGUUCAUCAAUUGCAAUGGACAUGAGAACAGCACGUCAAGCUGGUGCACCUAAAACUGGUAGACUGUCUGCUUCAAGAUUGGCUGCAUCCUUGAAAUCCACAAAGUAUCUUGGCCGUAAUUUGACCAC